AGCAAUGUAGGAUUUGAAAAUUAUCUAAUAUGCUACUCCAUCUAUUUCUACCAAUCUCUUCAUUGCUCUAUUGUGUUUGGUAAAAAGACGCGCACUUAUUCUUGCGACGCGCAUGCUCCCUCCGAGGCUGCUUGUGCAUAAGUUGACGCGAAGCCAUCAUGGUCGGGAAAUUUGCCGGCGGCACUCGAACGAGCACACCGACGUUCCGCAUAAAUCUCGCAGCGGACGACGAACAGGAUUCGGACGUGCAAAACCAAGACCACCAGGAAGCUGCUGACUACAGCCGCGUUAUCGACACGGCCCCUACUUCAUCAGAUGUUGAUGCAAACGUUGACAUCCGGCACCGUGCGGAAGUGCAAGUACUACCGCGCGGAGUUUCACGCACACGUAUGUCGCAGGAAAGAACAAAUCUUGAUUAUCAACAAGUUGAAUCGGAAGCGCCGGAUCGCGAAGCUUACGUCGAGCACUCCUACCCCCGCCGGAUCGGGUCGGAAAAGGAUUCGUCCCUUUCAGAUUCAGACUUUGCAGAAGAAGACUUUCAGGAUGAAGUAGAGGUAGGCGCUCCGAUUAUUAGCGUACUUCAAGAGUUCUCUGAACUGAGUCGCCGUCAACAAGCUCGCGGAAGAAGGCACGAGGAACCGGCUCCACGAAGCAAACACCCAUCUUCCGUUGCACCAGACGCACAGCUUGCGCUUGGUCUGCCUGUCGCGCCCGUGUCUGCCGUCGACCUCUUUGACGAUAUUGAACAACCGAGUGCGCCCAGUACUAGCCUUGGGAAAGCUGAUGUGAUCUGCGCAGCGCGGGCGAAUGGCGACGAUGAGGCGGUCGAUAUUUUUUCAUCUUCGUCCUCAUCAACUCAAGUACAUGAUAAAGUCAAACACUGCGCCGUCGCUAGUAGAGGAGCUGCUGGCCCCGCCCCGGCGACUGCUUUUACCACCAGAACAAGUUCGGCUCAACUCAUUUGGAAGAGGAUUGCGAUUGACAAGCACAAAAGAAACCGGGAAGAUCGAAAAAGGGCAGGCGGUGGUAGAGAAAACAUCAACGAGAAAAAUCUUCCCAGCAAUGAACGACAAGUACUGGCCUCGCGAGGACACUCGUUUCUCGAUCGGUCUCCGGACAAUUUUGGAUCGUGCCAGGACGAACAGCGCCGGAACUGUCGCCAUCUUGAUUCUCCCUCACCCUGCUCCACAGCAAAAACUACAUCUCGUGCCAAAACUAAGCACCUGUCCCUUUCCAGCUGGGAGCAGCGCUUACAGAAGAAAGAAGCGGAACUGCAAGCCCGCGAACGGGCAUUCGACCAGCGGGUGGCGAGGGAGCAAGGGGUGGUGGUGGCGCACGACUGUACAUCCAACACUAACCCUGCGCAGCGAGAGCCCAGUCCGCCGAAGCAACUGGUGGGGCGUCGGGUUCCAAAAAAAAUGCCGGUAGGUAGUUCGUCUCGUAGACCCGCUUUCUCCACGGUUUCCUCCCCCACAACCUCCACCUUGACCAGCUCCUGGUCGUACUCGUCUACUCCCUCGAUCGGGGACCAGAAUGCCCAGGCCGCCCUCCGAUUGUUGAAGAAAACGUACCAAAGCAGUAGUCCUCGACUAGUACACCAACGUCUUGAAGAGCAGACUGCGCCAAGAGUAAGGGAAAGGGCUGCAGCCGCUGCACCAGACACACUGCACAACAAGGCGAAGCAUUCGACAGCGCAAACCCAAAGUAGCACCAGAGUCAAAUAUGUCGAUCCAGCGGCUCCAGCUGGAUGGCGACCAGCAGUUGCGCCUAGUAGUUCCUCUUCCGUGGGAAAUGAACGAACCACGCGACAAGUUCCAGGAGAACGACCUUUCGUUUUCAACCCAGACACCCGGACGGGGUUUGCGGGGGAGUAUGGCGUUGCUCUUGCUGUGCCGACUGCUGUAUCAAAGAGAAUGACCGGACCCGCUGAAAAAAAGAGCUGCUCGCAGAUGAACCACACCGGGACUAGCAGUAGCAGCGCAAGGGUACAGCUGCUGCAGCAGAGGCCACCAAGACCACAGCGAGCGCAUCGCUCGGCACAGAGUCGCACCGCAGGUACGUGGUCAGAACAAGGGAAGAAUGCCAAUACAGUGCUUCAUGCGGGCUGUACAACUCAAGCGGCGCCAUCGCCAAAUAGCACCAGCACUACGACCAGGAUAGUGCUCCAUUCACCACUGUCGUCGAAUGGGAAUGCUGCAGGUAAUAAAAACGCCACUGAUACUACUGCUGCUGCUGCCCCAUCAUCAGCAACACGGCAGCGGCAAAACGAAGAGGAAGUACGACCACCAGCAGACUCAUUACCUACCCGACCUGCAAAGACCAUACCGAGAGCUUCUGCCGUCCUGCGACGAGCGGCGUUGGAAGAGUUUCGAAAAGACUGUCGACCCGACACGGACGCCGCACCAUGGGAACAAAGCGGAGAAAAAGUAGAAUCCUGGUGCUCAUCAACAUUAACCGCAUCUUCGUCAGCAACAUCCUCUGGCGUAGCUGCUCCGAUUGGAGGUACGUCUGCUCGGAUGAACCUAGAGAAGUUGGCACCGUCAGUUCUGGACGGCAACGGCAUAAAGAGCUACAUGCACUUCGAAAAGGACAACAGGAGCUGCAACCGUAGCCGCAGCGCCGUCGGAACUGAAAAAGAAAAAAUCACAACAAUAACUUCCGCAUCUUUUCAAUUGUCCCUCGCUAACGAGAAGACAGCAGUAGGCCCGAGGACUACAAGUGAAAAAACCAACGCCCUGGGGAAACUACAUCACCCGCGGACCAUGACGGCAUAUCUGAUGCAGAAGCUGCUCGACCAAAGAUUGUCCAACGAGGUCGACAAGCAGACUUUGAUCGUGAGUAAACGCAUCAAGUCCACCUACGCGCGACAGCGCAUGCUGACGACGGCCUACAGGAAGCAUCCUUGUGCGGUGGGCGUGGCGCUGGCGGCGACAGGUAAAACUGGCCAAGAACAAAGAAGCGUCCGACGCAACACAGACACGCACGCACCAACAUGGAAUCCGAAGCGCGAGAAGUUCAGCGUGGACAUCAAUGCGGCCAGCAACAGCACAAGGCCCAGUAGAAAUUCGCGGGGUUCUACUGGAAAAGCUCCGCGCGCCUCGCCAAUCACGUUAGAUCUCUGCAGCGAGGCCGAGGUAGAAGAUCUUCACGGCGCUGGGGACGGUAUAAUAAAGGAAGAGCGCAAAAAAAAAGCAGGAACAGCCUUUGCUUUUGGAUUGAAAGACAGGGCGGGGGGCGCGCAGCAGGCACGAGAAAAGAGUGUCCGAACUAGCGCAAUAAGCGCUUCUACGAAGAUGAAAACAAGUAAUACGCAGGGCAAUUACCUGCAGCAGAUGGAAGAUGCCCUGCUGCGGCGACGUUUCAAAAGAAAAUAAAGUUUCACAUCAAUCACAUCGUUUCGACAUUUGAAUGAUGCUUUUUCGCGAAGUGGUUGAAAGUUUCAAGGUACAGCUAAUUCCCCCAGUACUGCAGUCUGUGUGGAUCCAUAUCCAUCUGGAUACAAAGAUACAGUUUUGAAAGAUCAAGCAUAGAGUCUGGACGCCGGCACCUCCCUUGAGAAAGUUGAAUAAACCGAAACACUCUUUGAGAUCCAUUUUGCACGAGGUGUUGUCCUCGAAGACGAUGCGUUACUAGUCAGUGUUCCUUGCUGUCCGCGCAGGAUUUGUUUGCAUGUAUUUUCUCGAACUCGAAUGCUAACUACUGGUAAUGACAGUUGCAAUUCUAGUUAACUUACUCCGACGCUUGAUUCCUCGAGCCACGCGCACCUGUUUACUCAGACACUGCCAAAGCUUCGCUACGCAUCACCGCACGACUUCUUCGACGAACAAUCCUUGAUCUUGAUAGAUUCUACAAUGUGCGACUACUUGCCGAGUCCUUUGAUAGGCGAUCCAAAUC